AUGAAGAUUGAAGAGUUUAUUGAAUCUUCAAACGAUUUAUUGGAGGCAUUUCCAAGCACAACGAUUUCCAUAACUUAUGCAAAUGAUGCCAAAAAAUAUAAGAAUGAUAAGUAUUUGAAUUCAGUAAAGAUCAAAUGCUAUGAACCAAAAAGUGGUAAAUGCUUAAAGUUCAAAACCAAUAAAGCUAAAGAAUUGUCGAGAUUAUUGAUAUUCUUAGGCCCAAAAAGUAUCAGUGUAAAAAGGAAGAGAGAAGAAGAAGAAGAUACUGAAGAAUCUAAGAAAUUUAAAACUGAAGUUCCAGGUAUGGCAAGUAUAAUGAGUAAUAAGAAGUUUGAAAACGAUACUGAAAUAAAUGAUACUGUUAACCCUGAACCACCAGCUAGUGGAGAUAAGAAGAAAAAGAAAAAGAAGGGUAAGAAGUAG